AUGUUCACAGCUAUGUUGCUUAUGCGCUUUGCCUGGCUUGCAGGUUUAGUUGGCUCUGCUAUUGCAGCCACCCCUGACCAAUGGCGUUCGCAGUCGAUCUAUUUCCUGCUCACCGAUCGUUUUGCUCAAACCGAUGGCUCGACCUCUGCUAGUUGCGAUGCUAGUAUGAGGAAAUACUGCGGUGGUACUUGGCGCGGAAUCAUUAACAAGCUCGACUACAUCCAAGGAAUGGGCUUCACGGCUAUUUGGAUUACCCCCGUGACUGCGCAGUUGACCGAAGACACCAAGUACGGCCAAGCCUAUCAUGGCUACUGGCAGCAAGAUAUCUACGGUCUCAACCCAAACUAUGGCACAGCAGAUGAUCUCAAGGAUCUUGCUUCCGCCUUGCACAAACGCGGCAUGUACCUCAUGGUUGAUGUGGUCGCUAACCACAUGGGCUAUGAUGGCUCAGGUACUGACAUCAACUAUUCUGUGUUCAACCCAUUCAAUGACCAAAAGUACUUCCACUCCUACUGCGAAGUCAGCGACUACAGUAACCAAACCAACGUGCAAGACUGCUGGCUCGGUGACACUAGCGUCUCCCUGCCAGAUUUGAACACAGACCGCGAAGAUGUCCAAUCUAUGUGGUAUGACUGGGUUGGGUCCUUGGUUUCCAACUACUCAAUCGAUGGUCUCCGCGUCGACACGGUCAAACAUGUCGAGAAGGCCUUCUGGCCUGGCUAUAACAAAGCCGCGGGCGUCUACUGCGUAGGCGAGGUUUUCGACGGUGAUGCCGACUAUACAUGUCCCUAUCAGCAAGUUAUGGAUGGAGUCCUGAAUUACCCCAUCUACUAUCCUCUUCUCAGAGCCUUCCAAUCCACGAAAGGAAGCAUCAGUGACCUAUACAACAUGAUCAAUACAGUGAAAUCGAAAUGCUCGGAUUCAACCCUUCUAGGAACUUUUGUGGAAAAUCAUGAUAAUCCUCGCUUUGCCUCCUAUACCGACGACAUGGCUCUUGCCAAAAAUGCUGCCGCGUUCACUAUCAUGGCAGAUGGUAUUCCCAUCAUCUACGCAGGACAGGAACAGCACUACAAGGGCGGCAGUGACCCUAACAAUCGCGAAGCUACAUGGCUGUCUAGCUACAAUACAGACAGCGAUCUGUACAAGCUCAUCGGAAAGGCAAAUGCCGUUCGAAACCAGGCCAUCUACAAGAGUGACAAGUAUAUUACUUACAAGAACUACCCAAUCUAUCAAGACAGCAGCACGCUUGCCAUGCGGAAGGGCGAUGCCGGCUCGCAGACAAUCACGGUCCUUUCGAACCUCGGUACUGGGGGCAGCUCGUAUUCGCUGUCUCUACCUGAUACAGGGUAUGAAGCCGGCACUAAAUUGACCGAAAUUAUUACGUGCUCUAGCGUUACAGUUGACGACAGUGGAAAUGUCCCUGUUUCCAUGGCAGGUGGAGAUCCAAGGAUCUUCUAUCCUACUUCUUUGAUUGGGACGAGUUUAUGUUCCUAG